UGGUAAUAUAAAGAUUGAGUUGAAAAGAAGCAUAUAAUUUGUUGUUGCUGUUCACACUCCGAGUCGAUUGACUUCAUGAAAAAAACACGACGUGAGGCGUUGCAAAAGAAUACGAUCGAAAUUGCGAAACAAGAAAUUGAAUUUAUUGGCCUUUAUGUGCAAUAAAAUUAAAAAUUAUAUGAGGUAUUGAAUUUUUAAUCGCCUUUUUCAUCAUUACGCUGCAGAAGGAUUAAGGAUUGUUUUUCUAAGCGGCAUCUCUGUUGUCGCUGUUCUGCUGCUGCAUUUUUUUUGCAUAUGUGUUAAAGUUUAUUGUCGGUAUUGAAGAGUGUCAUCGUCGUCGUCGGUAUUUUCGUAUGUGUGCGUGACUUGUGUGAAUAUAAAUGCCAAAGAAAGAAAGAUUGCGAAAAAGGAGAAUUUUGACAGGUCCACAAACAACAAAAGAAAAGCAAACAAAACAACGAGGUGGUGAAAGAAGGAAGAAUAAGCUAUUGCUUGUUCAAGAAAAAAUUAAAAUUUUUAAGAGGAAUAAAAAGUUUUGGAAAUUCUCUGAGCAUUCGAGGCGUAUAAAGGCAAAAAUCAAUCUUGUUACUAAAAGCCUCACCAAGUGUCACAGGAAGAACGACGGAAAAAAGCAACCGCGUCACGCAAGCACACAAGAAGAUGGAAAUUGAGCCGGAUCAAUCAAUGGAAGCAAUGGAUAUACAAGAAAUCGAUUCACUACCUGGUGCAGAUCUACAGCAUCAACAGCAUCUUAAUAAACUCCACUUGCCACCUUCGGCCGGCCAAUUGCCAAAUGAGAAUGGCAAUGUGCCGCCUCAACAACUCUUAGCCGAUUCUGGAUCUCCAUACGCCAACGAGCAGGAAAUGACAGCAAUAGAAGAUGGCCCUAAGGAAGAUGAAUUUCGUUCUGAAACGGUAUUCUCCUUUACGGUUGAAAAAAUUGCCCAGGUGAAAUCGCAAGUUCUGUCACCACCCGUGUACGUGCGUAUGUUGCCAUGGAAGAUUAUGGUCAUACCUAAUGAUCGAGCACUAGGGUUCUUCCUGCAGUGUAACGGUGAAAAUGAAUCAUCCUCUUGGUCGUGUAAUGCCAUAGCAGAAUUACGACUCAAAAGUCACAAGCCUGGUGUCAAACCAUUCUCCCGCAUGCGCAUAAAACACUUAUUUUUCGCAAAAGAAAACGACUACGGCUAUUCGAAUUUUAUAACUUGGCAAGAACUUCAAGAUCCGGAAAACUGUUACGUCCACAACGGUGCCAUUACUUUAGAAGUAUUUGUGCACGCCGAUGCGCCACAUGGUGUAUUUUGGGACUCGAAGAAACACACCGGAUGUGUCGGCCUUAAAAACCAAGGAGCAACCUGUUACAUGAAUUCCCUCCUACAAACUCUCUACUUUACCAACCAACUUCGUCGGGCCGUCUAUAAAAUCCCCACGGAAGCAGAUGAUAGCACCAAAUCCGUCGGUCUUUCUCUGCAGAGGGUAUUCCAUGAGUUGCAGUUUAGCGACAAACCCGUGGGUACCAAGAAACUUACAAAGUCCUUUGGUUGGGAAACACUUGAUUCAUUCAUGCAACAUGAUGUCCAGGAAUUUCUGCGUGUUCUGCUUGACAAACUGGAGUCUAAAAUGAAAGGUACUAAUUUAGAAGGCACUAUUCCAGGACUGUUUGAAGGGAAAAUGUCAUCUUACAUAAAAUGUAAGAAUGUCGACUACAACAGCACACGCUAUGAGACAUUCUAUGAUAUUCAACUAAAUAUUAAGGACAAAAAAGAUAUAUAUGAAUCAUUUCAAGAUUAUAUAACACCAGAAACAUUGGAUGGUGAUAACAAAUAUGAUGCUGGAGUUCAUGGUUUACAGGAAGCCAAUAAAGGUGUUCAGUUCACUUCAUUCCCGCCUGUAUUACAUUUGCAUUUAAUGCGUUUUCAGUAUGAUCCAGUCACCGAUAGUUCUAUCAAAUAUAAUGACCGCUUCCAAUUUUAUGAACAAAUAACUUUAGAUCGUUUCCUCGAGAAGGAAGGCGAAACCAAAGCUGAAUACAUUUUACAUGCUGUCCUUGUACAUUCGGGUGAUAAUCACGGUGGCCAUUAUGUUGUUUAUAUCAAUCCAAAAUGCGAUGGCAAAUGGUUCAAGUUCGACGAUGACGUCGUAUGUACUUGCUGGAAAAAUGAAGCGAUCGAUAUGAACUAUGGUGGCAUGGACGAAGAGGUGUCUUUCCAUCCCAAGUGUAGUAAUGCGUACAUGUUGGUGUACAUACGCAAAUCGGAAAUCGAACGUGUCCUCAGCGAUAUACCCGAACAUGAAAUACCCAGUGAGCUAGUCGAACGUUUGGAAUUGGAGAAACGAAUUGAAAUGGCAAAGCGCAAAGAACGCAGUGAGGCUAAUCUAUACGUGUCGAUACAUGUAAUUUUAGAGGAAUACUUUGAGGCCCAACAAAAGCGACGCCUCUUUGACUUGGACAAGGUACAUCAAAGAUUGUUUAAAAUGAAGCAAACACAAACUAUUGAGGAAAUGAUGGAUCAAUUUGUGAAAUCAUUUUGUGUACCUAAGGAUCGUAUGCGUGUUUGGAUAAUGUAUGCGACACAAACUCAAAAAUUCCUGUAUUUCGAUUUCCAACGUGAGGGUGGGCGUUCAAUCGAACAAAUUGCGACCUCACAAAAACCCUGGGUAAUUUUCCUUGAAUUGGCUUCACCAGAUAAAAUAGGCAGACCACUGUCUCCAUUCGAUCCCAAGAAAGAAGUUCUUAUCUUCUUCAAGUAUUAUGACGCCCGAAAUAAGCGCCUCAAUUAUAUCGGAUGUUCACAACAGCCGCUGGGUCGAUGUUUGAAUGAAUUAAUACCUGAUAUUAAUUCACAUUUAGGUUUUGAAAUUGACACUGAACUUACAGUCUUUGACGAAUGUAAUGAUCGCCGGAUAACAAAUUUGAAUGAAAAUUUGGAGACUGUGCUAAAUUUGAAUCCAGAUAAUGCUGACCGUGGCAGCCUUCAAGGUUAUGUUUUGAUAUUUGAAAAGGAACACAUUGAUCCAAAACUUGAAUUACCAACCGUCGCAGACUACUUUAGUGACUUAGUUUACAGAGUAGAUAUCACAUUUUGUGACAAAAGUAAUCCAAAUGAACCGGAAAUCAUUUUAGAGUUGUCAAACCGUUACAAUUACGAUCAGAUGGCACAAGCUGUGGCUGAACGCUUAAAUACAGAUCCCAAUAAAUUGCAAUUCUUCACUUGUACCGGUAGCUACAAAGAUCAACCAGGCACCGCUAUUCAAUAUAACCAAAAAGGUUGUCUGAAGGAUCUGUUAGCAUUGGCUUCAACCAAGCAAAGCAAUCCAAAAAAGCUUUUCUAUCAAAGACUGUCGCUCAGCAUCCACGAAUUGGACAAUAAGAAACAAUUUAAAUGCAUUUGGGUAUCAAAUGACCUCAAGGAGGAAAAAGAGUUGGUUCUGUAUCCAAAUAAAAAUGACACGGUAAAGGGUUUGUUGGAUGAGGCGGCUAAAAAAAUACAAUUCUCGGAGAACAGUUCAAAGAAACUGCGUUUGCUUAAGGUGAAUAAUCAUAAAAUAGCAAUGAUUGUCAAAGAGGAUACACCCCUUGAAUCUCUGCAAAAGACAACUGAACCAAUAACACCUCAGAGUAACCAAAAGACGUUCCGAAUUGAAGAAGUGCCUCUUGAAGACCUACAACUGGCAGAAAAUGAAACUCUUAUUCCAGUUGCACACUACAGCAAAGAAAUUUUCAGCGUAUUUGGAGUACCAUUUUUGAUCAAAGCGCGGCAAGGUGAACCAUAUGGUGCCCUUAAGCAGCGUAUACAAAAACGUUUAAAUGUCCCAGACAAAGAAUGGGAGAACUAUAAGUUUACGGUUAUUGGUGGUAAUACGCCUGAUGUUAAUGAUAACACACCUAUAGAUUUGAACGUUUACCGCUCCUGGAAUAGCAAUGCCCCUCACUUUGGCCUUGAUCACAUUAAUAAGUCCCGUAAAAGAACAUCGUUGAACUUCUCUGAAAAGGCCAUUAAGAUAUAUAAUUAAAAAAAUAGCAACAGUAACACACAGAAAUAUCACAUACACAGAGACACCCACGUACACACCUAAUACACUAAUGUUAUGUACGCGAAUUUGAAAAAAAGAGUUCAAGCAAACGAUAUAUACAUAUAUAGCGUAAAUUGUAUCGUUCAUGUUGCACCAAAAACCAUCAUCGCCUUUGAGGGGAUACCACAGCCAACACAGAUAAAAAAAAUUAUUAGAACCAUUGCAGAGGAUGGUUUCAAAAUUUAUUUGAUCAAAUCUAGAGAUACCAUACAAAGAAGCCACAGUACCAACCCAUAUACCCAAAAAAGUUCAUGAACGAAUUACAAUGUUGAUCAUUAUUAUACAAAAACUCGUGCAUAAGCCGUUAAAUUCAUGCAAAACGAGAUAAUAUUCAAACAGCAGUCGUCACGAGUCAUCAUGAAUUAAUUUAACGAUAAUAUAUUUUAAAAUUUAUGAAAUAACUAUUAAAUCAGCAGAAUUAUAUAUAUUUUUCAAUAGAAAUUUUCAAUAAAACACCACCUCAUUCAUUAAGAAAGUACAUCAGACAGGAAACAAGAAACAGAACAGCCAGCAAAACAGCAUUCACGAGAGGAAUGAAAUGAUACACACUUCUAAAGAAAAAAAACUAUGCGUUUGUUAUUAUUUAUGUUUAUUAUAAAAAAGAAAAUUAUAUAUUAUAAAUAUGAAAAAUUUGCAAAAACUAAAAAAUUUAAACUCUGUCAACUGUAGUUAAGAUAUGCUUUCUCCAGCAAAAAAGAAAAAGAAAUAACAAAAAUUAACCUACAAAUUAUAAAUAACUCAAAACAAAUUUAUAAAUCCAAUAAUUUAAAACAUUUUAAAGGAGACGAAAAUAGCGGGUAAGAUGAUUGCUUUAUCAGCAUUUAAUUGGUCAAUUGUGUUCGUCCUAGAUACAGAUGUAAAUAGAGAUGAAAUAAGAUAGAAUAAAACGAAUGUAAGAGAGGAAGUUACUUUGACACAUGGACAAAGCACCUGCUCAUGGAGAGGAAAGAUAGAGAGAAACGAAUCUCCGGCGCACACUAACAGAAAAACCUCAUCAAUUGUAAUUUCGCCCCGCUAGCCACACCAGGUCCUUACAGAAGCCCAGAAUGACAAGGGGUCGAUUGCCUGCAGAGAGCUUAGAGAAGAAAAGAGGUGUUCAACCUGCGCCUUCUACCCACCAUGCGGCGCAUUGGUACAGCAGAUGCCAGACUUUCUCCAACUCCUCCUCAUCACCAAAGACCAUGCAGAAAUCCUCUUUGUUUCUUGUCUGUGCAGAGCCCGACGUUUGAUUCGCCGGCAGCUAUAGCAGCUGGGACUCAAUACUUUCAUUCGAGAUCCAUCCUGUUGCUUGAACAGGCAUCGAUGCAAGGUUAAGCUUUGUCUCUGGUCAGGGGAACUCAAUGUUCUCAAUUGCCCAACGCAAGAAGUUCUUGGAUUUCUUGUUGGUGCAAUCAGUUACCUUGAGUCCAUCCUUAAAAUGAGUUCCAUCAAACAUUAUAUCGUCGUUGCUCCACCUAGCUGAAAGCAUCAGCUUAAUGUCCUAUUGCUUCCAGUAGGCUGGGCUAAUCUUACCGUCAGUUUCUGAGAAUUUUGCCACCUGAAGUGACCUCUGUUUCUCUUUCAAGUACUUCAUUCUGUCUCGUUGUUGUUGUAGCAGUGUGUUGUUCACUAAGGCGGCAACGCUUGCCGAUGAAGGAUUUCAUCGGGUCAAUCCGGUACGUUCAAUCGGCUGCCUCGUCUUCGUUCCUGGCUGAUUCUCCUCGGUUGAUCUAUUUUUCUGUGAAGGUAGAAGAGCGAAGCAGCCGGCCGAGUGAUAGACGGAGUGUCAGAGGCUGUGACAAUUGGCGCCCCUGCCUCCACCACAUCCAAGGUAGUCGCUUGUUUGCUGACAGACUCUCACUCUCUUACCCCAGCUGUCACUGGUGCUAUUGCGACCAGUCCAGGAUUAGUGACAGUAAGGCGGGAACCACGCUGAGUGAAGAGUAACCCCCCUGAUCGUCCACAGAGGGGCCAGUAAGCUCAACUUCUUUUCAUCGCUUUGAUACGUCCUUUCAUGAGGAAGAAGCGUUUUCCAGGGGAUACUUAUGAGCCCCCUCUUCCUACGUGUAAUUUCGCUCUCGCUAUUACCGACGGAUCUCCGCAGAUAAGAGCAAGCUCGCUGGUGGGUACCCUUUGCUUUCUUGGUCUUUGUUUUCCGCUUAUUUGGCGUGAGGUUUCACUCGUCAUGUCGAGGUCAAGCGUACCCGUGCUGAUACCCUAAUUCUCCGUCUCCGAUCGCCUGGUAGCCUUCUGGUCGGUUGCCGGACUUUGCAAACCGCCUAUUAGUAGUCCUGGUUCUAUACGAGGACGCCCUGGCCACCCUGUUCUAUUUCACAAUAGAGAAAUGGCUUAGUAUUUUCGAUAUUUCAUAAUGCCAAUGGACCACUGACUUCGAAACUAUUUCUUUUUGUUUUUUAUGUAUGUACACGUUAAACUAACUGAGCUUUCAAACAAUAUGUUUUAAAGGGGAACAUUUGUAAUUUGGUACAUUUUAUGUUGUGUCGUACAAGAUCAAUAAUAAAACAAGUUUUCGAAAUAUUUUGAUAUAUGUAUAUUCAAUUUUGGGUACAAUGUCAGUUCAAUGCAGCCUCUACUUAUGCCAUAUUAACGAAAAUAUGCUUUCAAGAAAAAAUGUGCAGGUGAAAACAAAUCUAGUGAAAAUCAACGCUAAGAAUAAUAAAUGAAAAUAUGAGAAUUUUAUAAAGUGAAAUUGGAGAAAAAUUAAAAUAUUCAACCAGAUUUAAAAUUUUGGAAUGUAAAUAAAAAGUCUGGUUAAAUGAAGUCUUAGAUUUAAUGAUGUUGGAAGGAAGAAAAAGAGUUAUCAUCAUGUUCUGAUCGUUACCAAUCAAAAACUAUCUGCAAUAUUGGAGGAAUUUCGCCAAACGGGCUUAUGGUGGAAACAAGAAAAAAGUCUAUAUAGAGUUUAUAAAGAAAGUAAAGUGCAGACACAAAAAUUAAGGUACAUAUAUUGAAGUUUGUGUGAGACAAACUAUCAAAAAUCCCCACGAAUUACUGUCUUUACGUUUAUUGUGUUGCCGCCAUAUAUCCACGAUACGAAAUAAACGUAUUUACUUGCACAAACGUAUUUACUUACCAAAACACAUUUUUUAUAAGACUAUUUAAAAUACUAAGUAACUUAUAUUAGAGUUACAUCCCAUAAAUAUUACAAACUUGCAUAUUCACAUAUUUUGUCUUUCCUUUGUCAUGAAAUUAAGUAUUAAAGACUUGUAUAUUCACAUA